AUGGAAGGAAAAAGGAGAAUGGAAGGAAAAAGGAGAAUGGAAGGAAAAAGGAGAAUGGAAGGAAAAAGUAGAAUGGAAGGAAAAAGGAGAAUGGAAGGAAAAAGGAGAAUGGAAGGAAAAAGGAGAAUGGAAGGAAAAAGGAGAAUGGAAGGAAAAAGGAGAAUGGAAGGAAAAAGGAAAAGAAGAGGGAAAGAGAGAAGCGAAAGGAAAAGUGAAAGAAAUAUGAAAAGAUUUAACCGAAAGGAAAUUAAAAAGGGAAGAGAAGAAAGGAAGGAAAAGAAAAAGGGUAAUGAAAGGGAAAGUAAAAAGGAAGAAAAGCGAAGGUGGUUAUUGCUAGCAUACUCCAUCCGAGACAGUGGAGCAUAUUGCAAAAUAUGUGUCCUGUUUGGACCACGAUAUGUUGGCAUAAAUCUAGUUAAGCUUAACACUCUUGUUAAGACUCCUUUCAAUAAAUACAAAGAUGCGGGGGAGAUUUUUGAAAAUCAUCAGAAAAUAAAUUAUCACAAAAGCUGUGAACUGAUGAUUUCCUCAAAAGAAUCAAUUCAAAAAGGGGAUAUGAUUCCCAUUUCAGCAAUAAUUGAUAAAAAUAGGGUUAAAAUUGCAAAAGAAAAUAGAGGCAAGAUAAAACUAACUAUUGAGGCUAUUUUAUAUUGUGGCUUGCAAGGCCUAGCACUUCGUGGCCACAAGGAUUCAGGAAGCUUAAAUUUUAAUAAUAAUGAUAACGAAGGUAAUUUUCGUGGACUUUUAAAAUUUAAAGCAUUAGGAGAUCCUGUAUUAAUGGAGAGCCUCAUUAGUACCAAUAAAAAUGUUACUUAUCUCAGCCCUAGGAUACAAAAUGAGAUAAUUGAUAUUUGCAACAAUAUCAUUUUAGAAAAAUUGAUUGUUGAAAUCAGUUCUGCCCCAUGCUUCUCAAUUUUAGCAGAUGAGACCACGGACAUUGCUGGCAUUGAGCAGAUGUCGUUGUGUGCGCGAUAUCUAAAUAUAAAUAUGAUACGUGGGCAAGGGUAUGAUGGAGCACGUGCAAUGAGUGGACAAUUCAAUGGGCUUCAGGCAUUUUAUAAAAAAAAAUGCCCAACAGCUAUAUAUGUCCACUGUGCUGCCCAUUCAUUCAACUUAGCAAUAUCGGAUUCAUGUUCUUUACCAUUGAUAUCAAAUUGCUUAGGUAAAAUAUCUAGCAUCUAUGAGAUGUUUAGAUACCCCAAGCGUCAAAAUAUUUUGAACAGAAUUAUAUCUGAAACUCCUUGCCCAACAAGGAGAAAAAAAUUGCAAAAAGCUUGUCCAACAAGAUGGAGUCUUCGACAUCAAGCAGUAACAGCUUUUAUCGAGUUAGAAGAGCCGAUUAUUAAUGCUCUUACAGAAAUAUCACAAUGGUCUGAAAGAGAUAUUUCUUCAGAAGCAAGCAACCAAUUUUUAAGGCAAAGGGUUUUUCUUAUAUUUUCUUCUUUAUACGACAUGCGGUUUUUUGACAACAAAUUAGUGCCAACUGAGAAAAGUCUUUCACACGCAGUUGAUGUUCCUUGUAUAGAUAAAUAA